AUAAAUAAUAAUGUGAACUUUCGUAAUAUUUGCGAUGAAUAUCUUUCAAUACUAUUUAUCAGGAAAAUAUUCUUUGUUCGAGAUAACCGUUGUUUUCAAUAGAAGAAAAAUAAGCUGAGUAAUCGUUUUCCUUCGCGGUAAAAUCGUUAUUUUUCUCCGUGUAUCUUUGCGAGGUUCUCUCGAGGCCUCCUGCGAAAUUCGAUUGUGCGCGUUGAGUUUCCGAAGGACAACCGACUCGUUCACAAGGACAUCGCGCCACCACGGUAGGAUCUCGCGAAUCGGUGGCGUCACGUUCGCCGUUUCCAGCCUUGGACAGGUGGGGUCGUCCCAAUUGACGGCCUCCAACUGGCGAAAGACACGGGCGAAACAAUUGGAACCGGGAUCGAUGGGCAAACGGGUAACGCUCAUUAAGGGCGACGAAGAGGAAGGAAGAGACUGUUAAGAAUAUUACGGGAGCGAUGAAUGGCCUCACCUCGGAAUUCUUACUCACCGCGCGGUUCUGGUUUACGUAACCGAUAAAAUAAUUUGCGGUUCGGCGGUACCGACGCGAGAGUAAUGCCCGCCGUGGAAAUUCUAGGACAACGGGGACGACGUUACCAUGGCGAUGCGUUCGCCAAACACACGAGCGCGACGAGGACGGCCGAUACUUUGUCGGUUCCGAUGAUAUUCGGCGCGGGUAGAGGAACUUGCGAAGCCCGUACGAAUGCAAUUAUUCAUUCGGAGAUACCGCGCGCGUCCGUGAAUGCGCCCGGUUGUGCGACGACGUGGCGCGUUCAACUCGGAGGAGUCGCGGCCGCGAACUGCAUUGCGGGUUUAUCGCGGCGGAGAACUUAUUAUCUCGAUUCUAGGGAAGACCGGCGAUCCGCUGAAUGAGGUAAACAAAGUGAUCGACGUAAUAAAAGCACGAGGGAGAUGAAUCGAUGGUCGGCGCAAUUUGUUCCCUACUGAUUGACAACUUCAUCGACAAGGGGAGUCGCCCCUCAAUAAAAAGGGGGAGGGGAGGAAAUAAAUAAACACGAGCUUGAAAUAUGUGUGGCACUCUUUCAAUACAUUUCCGUGCACAUUCCGUGUAUCGCGCGACUCUAUCCGGGCGUUUCGCGCGCAAUAAAAUUAAAAUCAAUAAAAUUCGAUUCCCCGCUGUUAAAUUACAUUUCCGUGAUCGCAUGAACCUUCCUUAAUAAUUAAGGUGCGCCCGCGCAUGGUGGGCGCGUCCGAACGCACAUUUGCGACGACAAUUAACGAGAUAUUCUCCGCCACUCACUUCGCAUUUCGUGGAAUAUUCAAUAUUAAUAUCGGAAUAUUAUCUCUCUCUCUCUCUCUCUUUCUCUCAAUGUUACUCUUAUCAUAUAAUUAUGUAUUUACGCGACGCUUUUUACUCCAAGUGACGUAAUCGAGUCGACUAUACCGGGCCCGACGGAUAGCAUGUACGUCGCCGGUCCGUGAUAUUGAACCUGGCGGAUGAAUUACGAUCUGCUGACAGCAAACGAAACGCACAAUCGGUGCCCGCGCGCGAAAGUGCAAGCGCGUGAGGAUCGUGUUGCGUAAUGGAGGAGCGACGCCUAGGAUUUCUCGCGUUGAACACGUCGCAGGAGCAAAAUACGAACGAUCCAGUCGUUGCAGAGAGCAAGUGCGCGGGACAAGAGGAACGUCGAGAGAAACCGCGGCAGAGGAGGCAAAAGAUAAUUAAUAACGCGUGCGACCGAAUUACGGAAGAUCCCCCUCUACGUCUUAACUUGAGCUGCCGUUGCGAGGCGCGCGAGACGCGCUACUACUAUCACAGCUGAUUUCUAUUUGUUUGGCAAAUGAAGCCGCUUUUCUCGACUGCGCGAUAAGAAGAGCUCGAACGAACUGUUUGCGUAAACGAUAAUGCGCCUGCGUUAAGUAAUAAACGCGGAGCUUACUCGCGUUGGCUUUCACGAAUGACGCGAGCGCUAAACGCUGUCAAGUCGCGGACGUACACCGUACAGUAAUAGUAAGAAAAUUCACCACGGCGCAACUUUCACCCGCGAGACGAAGCGUGCGCGCGGUAUCCACGCGAGAUAGAAAAACUGACGCGCCCUGGCGUGAUUCCGCCGGCUGGGAGAGUGAUUAACGUUUCGGCAUAGACCCACAAACGCCACGCGUCUGGAGUGUCGAACUCUCAAACGUUACUCCACGAUCUGAGACAUGUCGAGGACGCUGCUUCUGCUGACUAUCGGUGUGCUCGCGAAGGUGCUCGGGUUACCCAACGGAGCACCGCCGGAGACAUGCUCGGAUCUGAUGCCGCACCACCCCGGCAUCUCCCCUCAGUCGUCAUACCUACCUUAUCAGGUGCUACCCGCAGCCGGACAGGGCAGGGUCCGGCUGAUACUCGGCAGUCCCCAGGGGCUCGCGUACGAGGGCUUCAUGAUAUUCGCCAGGGACAUCGAAACCGGCGAUUACAUCGGCGAAUUCGCGAAUCUGCCCGAUUCCGCGAAAUUCGUCGAGUGUACGCAGGGCGUGCAGAACGCCGUGACUCAUACGAACACCAACAAGAAGCAGAAUCUUGAGUUGGACUGGAAGGCUCCGGUCGAUUACGAGGGUACUAUUAUCUUCAACUCCACCUUCGCUCAGGAUUACAGCACGUACUGGGUCGGCGUCGAGUCGCCCCGAGUCAACGUUUUCAAGCGAUCCAUCGAGGUAUUGGCCUCAACUACGCCCAUCACCACCUACAGGACCACCACGCCGCCAUACUUCAGCCCGACCGAUUAUACGCCGAAGGUCGAGGAGGAUCCGUUCUACACGGGCUGCCACACCACGAAGAAUUGCUUCGGCGCGCCCGACGGCUGCAUAAAGAGCAAGGACUGCGUAGCCGCGGUGGCAGUGAUCGUGCAGGGCGACCAAUACCUGUUCGAGAUGCAGGCGCGGGAAAAAGCGAAAUACGUCGCCGUCGGCCUGUCGGACGACAAGAAUAUGGGUGACGACAGCGUGGUGGAGUGCGCGAACGAGGACGGCGAAAUUGCAUUACACAUGUCUUGGAAUUCCGGAAAGCAUAAUACGCGCCAUGCGACGCCGGAAGGCGCGGUCCAGCUGGAGUCCAGAGCGAUCCGAGAUGGCGCGAUCUACUGUAAGUUCCGGCGGGACAAGCUCACCGUUGUUCACGAGCGCAAAUAUGACCUCGUCAACACUCCGUACCACCUACUCGUGGCUGCCGGCACGGAGCUCAGAGCAAACGGCGUCGCCUACCACAACCUCGUCUACCUCCCGACUGGCGCCUCGAAGAAGCUGUCCGACGUCGGGGAGUGGACCGCGGCCAGCGACAUACUGAUCCGCGUUCACGGCGCGCUCAUGCUGGCUUCGUGGAUCGGCACGGCCUCCAUCGGGAUGCUGCUCGCGCGAUAUUACAGACAGACCUGGGUCAAUUCCCAGCUGUGUGGAAAGGACCACUGGUUCGCCUGGCACAGGUUCUUCAUGGUGCUCACCUGGUCGAUGACGAUCGCAGCCUUCGUCAUAAUAUUCGUGGAGCUGGGCUCAUGGAGUUCCGCGACUAUACACGCAUCUGUCGGCCUGGCUACUACAAUUCUCUGCUUUAUUCAGCCCUUCAUGGCGGCUAUGAGACCACAUCCUGGUGCACCGCGAAGAGCUCUCUUCAAUUGGGUCCACUGGUUCGUCGGUAACGUGGCGAAAAUCUGCGGCCUAAUCGCGAUUUUCUUCGCGGUGCGGCUGAACAAGGCGAAACUCCCGGAAUGGUUCGACUGGAUUCUUACCGCAUACGUGGUGUUCCACAUUCUGAUUCACCUCAUCCUCACGUUCCUCGGAUGCGCUUCUGACAGACUAUCCAGGGAGAGACAAACUAGUCAGAGAGCGAAUUCAUUCCCGAUGAAAGAAUUCUUACAUUCUCACGGUGUAUCAACGGUGCAUCUGGAUGCGAGGCGGGACGCCCCGCACUCCGGCAUGCGGAAGUUCAUUUUCGCUGUGUACUUUGUGGUCGUCGCGGCGUUCGUCGCGGCCCUCGUGGUGAUCACCGUGUUGGCACCUAUCGAGGAGACGUGGGCCACCUUCACCAACACCAUCUCGAAUUACUGAAGUCGCUAAUCAAUCGCCGCGGCACACACGUCAUCGCGCGAUAUCAGCGCGAAGGAGGCCUUCGUAUCGCGGGGAACGCGCAGCUCGUCGUUGCGAGCCGAACCCCGCGUUCCCCGGCUUUACUUUCCGUAUGCAAAUUAACACGAAGAAUGCGCAAAUCCUACGCGCGAAGAUGCAAAUGGGACCACGGCAGCGCGCGCGCACACGAGAGCGAGAACGAACGGCGCCGCUGACGCGAUUGUUUUUUACUCUCUCUCUCUCUUUCUCUUUCAUUUAACAGAAAGCGGGAUGACGUUCGCAUUAUCGCCCUCCGUUCUGAUUAUAUUUGGUAAUUAGAGAUAGGUUCCUGUACAUAACGUUCUUAAUUUACUCGGAGGAAGCCGAAACCAUAGUUGUACGCGUGUUUUGCCACACACGGUUGCUCUACGAUUAUGCGGAUUAACGUUUCGUGUUUCCGAGAUUAAUUAGUUCGUGAUUUAAUUAAUUAAUUCGUUCAACCUCACAGAGAGAUUUUCGGCUGUUUUUCGGUAACGACGCUUUGGUAUCUACUUUCGAGAGAAGUCCGGAGAAAGUCGGCAAAAUCUCGGAAUUGUUUGAUGUUCAAUAAGCCGGUAAAGCUGAACAGGAAUAUAUGAACGUGAAAACGUGGUUAAUAGUCGAAGCAAAUUAAUCGAAUUAUCUUGGACGAAGUUGCAGAUGAGAUAUCUCACGGUGAAAUAAGCUUCAAAGGAAAUAGAUCGCGCGAAUAAGCGUGAAAUAAAAUUAAAAUAAAUUCGAGCGAAAUAUAUUUUUAUGGGUCAUUCUCUUUUGUUUUUUUCUCUCAUGAUCCGAUGAAUUAUCACGCUUUCUCGACCGUUCGCGGAAUUAAUAAGCUGACGAGGAUCAUUCGUACACAUGUAAACUCCAUCUGCGACCUUCUUUAUUGAUUCUUGCAUUUACGAACGCCUCGGUCACCACGUGGCAACGUGUGUGCGCGCUUUUCGUUAUCACGCGAUUAUCAGUAAUUACUCACAUGCGAGCGUAACGACCAAAGCGCAAGCCGUCUAGUAUUGCAUUUCGUCUCGCGAAAUAUUCUCGGUAAAUUGUAUCGACACGUAUCGAGAGAGGAUCGAAACCAUUUCUGAGAGUACGAUAUAAUAGGCAAUAACGUUACACACGGCGCGCGCGCGCAUUUAUAUUUAUAUUUAAAUUGUCCGUGUGUUAGAUUAAUCCGCUAGAUUAAUAUUAAUCGUUUAGAAGGUAAGAGAAAAACUAAUGAUCGAUUUCAUCAAUCUUCCUCCGGAAUAGGAUAUCGCCUUGUUAAAUCCAUGCAGCUUUUCUUUCCUUAACCGCGCAUUAGCGCCGACGAUUAUUCCCGGAAUCGCUUCUGUCCUUAACGAAGCGUGGAAAAUUGGCGAAUCAUCAAUUUAAUCUUGAUUCGCUCUCCUAACGAGAUCUCGAGGAAGGUCGAUGAAGGCGCGGGCGCGUUUUUGUAAGCAUAAAGUUAGAUUUAGAUUGAUUAAACACAGUCGCAGCUAUAUCACUCUCGGCGAGGCGAGCUCGGCGAAUUUCUUUGCGAAGCGAACGGUGCUUUUUUUUUUACUUACAUACGUACAAUAAUACUUAUUUAUAUGAUAAAAUUCGCAGUAUUUUUACCUACAUUUCUCCACCACGCCCAAUCCUCUCUCUCCCCUUCCCGUCCCGAGUAUUUUUGCUACCAUUUCGAACGAACUGUUGUACCGUGUGCACGGUUGUCACCUCGGUGACCGAUUGGGACCGACGUUGCCAACAACAAUGGCGCACAAUGUAACGUUGUUAGCCUUAUUGAUUGUUAAUAAAUAUACACACAUACGAACAUA